CCUACACGUUAGCUAUACUGCUGUCAAUUAAAUAUCAAGGACGGUAUAUCACAUUUGAAAAUGGUAGUUGUGGCAGUAGCUGGCGGCACCGGUGGUGUUGGUAGGACAAUCGUCGAGGAAUUGGUACAGCAAGCUAAACACCAGGUCAUCGUGCUCACGCGUGGGAAGCCCAAAUUAGACCCCCUGUUGGACAAAGUCCAACAGGUGCAGGUAGAUUACAAUGAUCCUACAUUACUGGCGCGUGUAUUGGACCAGCACGAGGUCUACACGAUAAUAUCCGCAAUUGGGAUUUUUUCCGACGAAACCGCUCAGUCCCAACUCAACUUGAUCAAGGCUGCAGAUCUAUCACUGUCUACGAAGAGAUUCAUGCCUAGUGAAUAUUCAUUUAUUCAGACUGAGGACCUUCUUUCCAUUGAUCCCAGUAUCAAGUAUUGGUUGGCCGCGGCCGACUUGCUGAAACAGACCACUCUUCAAUUUACCCGAGUGAUACCGGGAUUCUUCUUGGAUUAUUGGGGAAUGCCAAUCGCCCGCACCAAUCUCCAACCCUUCACAUUCGGAAUCAACAUUGCCAAGUGUCAGGCUGCCAUUCCCGGCGAUGGGAACGAUGUCAUAUGCAUGACAUAUACGUACGAUAUGGCAACGUUCAUGUUAAGGCUGCUGGAUGAAGAAGAUUGGCCAGAAUUUAGCGUCAUCGUCGGUGACCAAAUCACAUAUAACAAGCUCCUCCAGCUCGCUGAGGAAAUUCGAGGCAAGAUGUUCCAAGUUGUAUAUGACAGUGCAGAUAAAAUUAGGCAAGGGGAUGUCACUGUUCCCGCAAUGCCUGCUGAUACAGGAUACUCCUCUGAAGAGCUUAAGGAGAUGACGGUACUGGUGAGCCGACUGACUAUUGCUGGGGUGUUUGACUUGCCACAUGAGAAUCGGUUGAAUAAGAGGUUUCCGGAUAUCAAAACAACCAAGAUAAAGGAUUUCUUACAAAACACGUGGAAAGACUACGAAUGACUACGUAUAUUCCGCCAUGCCACUGAUAUUCAAUGUUUUCCGUUCUAUAGAUAUGAAUACUCUUGCAUUCUUAUAUGUGUAGACUUUGAUUUGAUAGAAUGCAAUUAAGAGAUCUCCAGCAGAACGAAGCCAAAUACAAC